AUGUUAGCCUUCGUUUCGGAGAACGCAAGCAUGAACAACGUCCCAAGACUGGAAGUCCUCGGAAUUACCGGCAUCCCGGAAAUAAUCGGCGGUGAGUCGCUGGGAACUUUGAUGGCAGACGCCGCGCGGGAUCAAGGCACUCCCUUGCAGACUGGCGAUGUCCUCGUCGUAACGCAGAAGAUAGUGUCCAAGGCAGAGCACAGACUUUUCGAUCUCAACAAAAUCCAGCCCUCUCCGCUCGCCCUGAACUUCGCAAAAGAGACGCACAAGGACCCUCGCCUCGUCGAGCUUGUGCUGCGCGAAAGCCGAGCCGUCGUGCGCAUGGACUCCGAACGCGGCAUCAUCAUCAGCGAGACACGGCAUGGCUUCGUCUGCGCCAACGCAGGCAUAGAUAACUCGAACGUCCCCGGCGACGACAUCGUCUGCCUGCUCCCUGAAGACUCCGAUCGUUCAGCGCGCGAAAUCCGAGACGAAAUCAGACGCCAUACUGGCGGCACGGAUGUGGCGAUUAUAAUCUCCGAUACAUUCGGACGCGCCUGGCGGGACGGCCACGCCAACAUCGCCAUCGGCGUCGCGGGCAUGAACCCCGUAAAGGACUAUCGAGGCACCCUCGAUGUCAAUGGAAUGGUCCUGAAGCAGCUUGGCGAACCACCCCAUAUCCUCAACAUCCUGUGUCUUGGCCGCGGCAAGCGCAAUCACCCGGCAAUAAUCGAUCAGAUAGAUGUAGUCCUGCCGCAUAUAGAAUCUGAACUUUUCCAGAUCAAGAGAACCGUCGCCAAUUCCAGUAACUAG